GGCGAGUGAAGAACUAAAAAUCUCGAUCCGUUGAACAUUUGUUGUUGAAAUGCUGCUUAUUUUCAUGCUACUCACGAUUGAAUGUUCCGGUAAGAAACUACCAUUGAGAAUUAUUGGCGGUGAAAACAGUGAAGAUUAUCCAUAUGUUGUUCGCUUAGAGGUACAACAUAUCGCAAACUUUACUAGUAACAAUACUAUCGUAGCAAAGCAUGAUCAUGUAUGUAGCUCAGUUGCGCUGUCUCCUACGUGGGCAAUGACAGCAGCGCAUUGUUUGAACGAUUUGAAUUUCUUCUUCCUCGGUGCUCCUUACACCGUCGAGAAGCUGAUAAUAAGGCACGGUCACGUUGAGCACUCGCCUUGGAUAAAAGGUACUUUUAGUGACGUCAUUGCAAUGGUUACACAUCCUCUUUUUUCAUACACAUUUGACGACUAUAACAGUAAUCCAAUCAUAAAGAAUGAUAUAGGUCUGAUGAAAACUACUCCAAUGGAUUUAGAUAAUUAUAUCAAAUUAAGCGCUGUAGAUUUCUUCUCCCUCUACGGGCAUGAAGCUGUUUUUGCUGGUUAUGGAUUAACUACGCAAAAGAAUGCAGGUAAAACCGAAAGCCAUGAUACUUUAAUGCUUAAAAAGCCAUUGCAAAUACUGAAAGUAUUAAUUUCUAGAUGUUUGAAUGGUGAUUUACUAGAGCCAGCUUUAUGUUUAGCAUCAAAAUGUGGACAAGUAGCGACGACGUGUCCCGGAGAUACAGGUGGUCCUCUCAUACAUCCUUCGGGUAUUGUUGGUAUAUUAGGAGUUAGUGAUUUAUCAAUGUAUUGCUAUGAUAAAAAUAUAAAGAAACCUGGAGACGUGACUGGUAUUGUUGCACCAAUUGGCCCUUAUAUCGAAUGGAUCUAUGACCAUAUGUCGACUUGAAUAAUAUUCCUAAUUACUGACACAAACAUUGUCUGCUAAAUAAAAUCCAAUGAAUAUUUGUGAUGUGUUACAAUAAUAUAGUAAGGACAGUGUUAGUUAAGAAAAGGAAAGUGACGUCACUAAAAUUUAACAAGGACACUUCAAGAGCAUGGAAGUCGAUUUUUAUGAUAAAAUUCUA